CGGGCGGGAGCGAGUAUGCGUACACCCCGACCGGCCGGCCGGCACCACGUGACCCGAGCUGCUUCAAUCGGCGGUGCGCUCGAGGGCUGGACUCAUACACACAAGAUGGCGACCGUGGAGUCGGAAACCACCACACAACCCCAACCUUCAGAAGAAGAAGGUAAAACUGAAACAGCAACUCAAGAAAUAGGAAAGCCUGAACACUACAUAAAACAUCCGUUACAGAAUAGAUGGGCACUUUGGUUCUUCAAAAAUGACAAAAACAAAACUUGGCAAGCAAAUCUGCGUCUGAUAUCCAAAUUUGAUACAGUGGAAGACUUCUGGGCCCUUUAUAAUCAUAUCCAGCUUUGUAGUAAUUUAAUAUCGGGCUGCGAUUACUCUCUCUUCAAGGAUGGCAUUGAACCUAUGUGGGAGGAUGAAAAAAACAAACGAGGUGGAAGAUGGCUGCUGACUCUUUCCAAGCAACAAAGAAAGACAGAUCUGGAUCGCAUUUGGUUAGAAACUCUGUUGUGCCUUAUAGGAGAAGCAUUUGAUGAGCAUAGUGAUGACGCUUGUGGUGCAGUAGUCAAUGUUAGAAACAAAGGUGACAAAAUAGCUAUAUGGACUACUGAUUGUGAAAAUAGAGAAUCUAUCACAUAUAUAGGGAGAAUUUACAAAGAAAGAUUAGGGCUUCCUCCUAAAGUAGUGAUUGGCUAUCAGUCCCAUACGGAUACUGCCACAAAAAGUGGAUCAACAACCAAGAACAGGUAUGUUGUUUGAGAAGGCACCAGUUGUAUGCUCAUCGCUAGAAGACUGGAUACGUAAAGCAAUCUACACUUCAAAUUAAACCAAAGCUUCUAGUAAGCAGAAUGGGACUGCAUUCUAACAUUACACAAGUGUGUGAGUUUUCAGUCAUUUUUCUAUCUUCGACUUUGUUCAGUAUUCUGUGAAAAUAACCCUUUCCCUUCAAAAUAUUUUAUGAAUCCAUUUAGUUCCUGAAAUUUUCCAAAAGUGUUAAAGAUGACUUGUAAAGUAAAAUAUUUUAAAAGUUGCAAGUUUUUUUUUAAAUAAUAGAUUACCUUACACUAAAUGUGACACAAAUUAAAUUUAGACUUUGGUAGGUUGGGGCUUAUUAGUAAUUUUGAAAGGGAAAGGGUUAAGAUCUUGUCCGAAUGUUGUAGUCUUUAGCAGUUUAGUUCCGUUCUGACUUUUGUUUUGUACAGCAAACAAAAAGAUUUGCUGUAAUCCGUGCUUAUUUGUUGGCUGUUAGAUUUAAUUUAUUCAUUGGUUUUAAAUUUUAAACAAAAAGCUCUAAUAACAGCUUGGUUAAUUUAGAUCAUGAGAUGUAAUGCGUGUUUUGGGACUGGGCAUAUAAUUUUAAAUUGGUAGAAUUCAAAAGUUGUCAUAUGCAUUUCUUAAAUCCUGCUACAUUAGUACAGAAUUCACAGUUUGAUUUAAACUUUAACUUUGAACAAGCUUUUGCGGUUUAGUGAUUUAUACUUUUUUGGGCAAGUGGGUUUCUCUUUUAAAAAAAGUGUAUUUUGUUUUUUUUAAUUGCAAUAUGAUGAUUACAUUCCUUGCUCGAGAUGUUGAAAUAUAUUGAAAUCCUCUAUAUGUUUUGUAUUGUUCUGCUGUAUUUUAAAACAUGUAUCCUUGGAAGAAACUCUAUUUUGCAUUGGUUAUAAAGGCUGAAUUAGGAAAAUGGUCCCAAAAAGUAUACGUAUUAAAAGUGUAAAAACAAGAACUGUGUAAAUAAAACUGUACAGUGAAA